AUGCGCAUAGAACUUGGAUAUUCAUCAACACUCGAUAAACUCUGGUCACUUCCAUUUGAUACAAUGCGUAGUAUGGGGCAACGGAUAAUUCGUGUUUGUUUACUCAAAUAUGACGAAUGGCUUGUAAUCGAUUAUAGUACUUCACAUCUUUUACAUGUUAGUAAAGAUGGAAAAAUAAAGGCAAAGCGUUUAUACGAACCAACAGCUCAUAAUGCAGUUUUAUUUGGUUCAAACAUAUUGGCUAUCAGAACUACAAAUUGUCUCAAUUAUUAUGGAGUAUAA